AUGGACCUGUCCGCCCUCCCGCUCCCGCCCUCGCGGCUCGCUCUCCUCCACACCGCCGGGUACCGCAAGCGCAGCGACCUGGACGGCGUCAUCGCGGCGACGCUCGCGCAAAAGAUUGGCGGCACGGCGGCCGAGGCUGCGCGGCUGCUGGCCAACAGCCUCGUGGCGUGCCGGCCCGAGGAGCGGGGCGCGCGGGAGGAGGCGCUGCGCGGCCUCACCUGCGAGGGCGUCCUCUCCGGCAUCCACGUCUUUCGCUGCCACGACCUCGCCGAGCUGGUCGCCGCGGUCAAGGGUCUCUGCGCGUUUGCCGAGGGGCGCUCGUCGCGCGUGCGCCUGGUGGUGGUCGACUCGGUCGCGUUCCACUUCCGGCACGAGAACCUCCCCUUCGCGCGCCGGCUCCAGCUCCUCGGAACCGUCAGCCAGGCGCUCCUCGACUUUGCGCGCGCCGAGCGCGCCGCGGCGGUGCUGGUGAACCAGGUGACGACGAAGGUCAACGACGCGACCAACGACUCGUUCCUCGCGCCUGCGCUCGGCGAGUCGUGGGCAGACUGCCGCACCAAGCGCGUGCUCCUGGAGUGGCAAGGGGCGGAGGGCGCAGCGGCGGCGGCGCCCGAGCUGGCUGCGGCGUCGCUCGCGCGGCAGCGGGACGAGCAGGCGGGCGCUUGGGCGGCGCAGGAGCCGAAGCGGCAGCACACAGGCGACUCGUGA